UGUCGCCUUGUCGGGAUCUCUACAACACGAAACCCCUCAACAGAAUCCCCGACUGCUCAUUGGUGGGCUUGGGCGUCGGUCGGCGGCUGCCUUGCUCUUCGGUCCUCAGAUCCGUUCCUCAUCCUCCUGCUUGUGCCGUCGCUGUCCUGGUCCUUCAGAUCCAGCGGCGUCAGGCGCAAGCGCAACUGUCAGGACGGCGCACGGCGGGAUUUGGAGGGCGAGGUUCCAGGGGGCAGGAGCGGAUCCUGAAGCCGGCAAGAGUACGAGCGCAGCACGACGAGUCGACGGCUGAUUCCCAAGGUCCUGCGCCGGCCAGUCGGUGCCAUCCUCAUUCCCUUCUCCUCUUCCGUAGAUUGGCGCCGUUUUCAUGGAGCAGCAGCAGUCCCAAGAUAUUAAGGAGGAGGUCCGUAGGUCAAUUGUGCGUAUAUCUUUUGACUGGAUGCCGAAGUCGAAGGACAGGCGGUUUAUGGUUAUUGCUGGCAUUAUUCUUUCAAUCAAGGAUGAUGGGUCUGCUGUCAUAGCAGCGAAUUCCACAUUUUUUGGGAUGAGAAAAAAUUUUGCAGUGAACUUCCCAAAUGCUACAGGAUAUGAAGAAGGACAAAAACUUGUUGCUGUUCGUAAGCGCAAAAAAUCUGCUGUUCUUGCUGCCUUUGAAUCUGCUGAAGGUUUCUAUAUAUUUGAUGCUAAGCCAAGAGAAAAUGGCUAUAUAAAAGCAGUCAGGUUUGAGACUCAGUCUGUUCAAGUUGGUGAUCCUGUUGAUUCAUUUGUUUUUCCUAGAGAAGGGUAUAUUACACCAACCGGUUAUUGCAGAGGUUCAGUAACAGGUGUUUGUAGCAGAGUUCUAUUUCAUGAUUGCCCUAUGCAUGAGUAUGCUUACUUAGGAUCACCAUUGUUCAAUUUGUCUGGUGAUCUCGUGGGGAUAACAUAUCUUGAUCAGAGACACUGGCAAGCAUGGACUGUUUGGCAGCUACGAGAUACUUUUAAACACUGGAAAAGUACCUUUGUUUCCCAGGGAAAUGAAGAACCUGCAGGGGCAGAAGCUCAAGUGGAAGAACCUGCAGGGGCAGAAGCUCAAGUGGAAGAACCUGCAGAGGGCUGACUAUUGGUGGGAGAUAGCCUGAGCAGCAGCAUAUGCAAGGAGAUAACCUGAGCAGCAGCAUAUGCAAGAUGCAUGUCACGCAUCUCAAAAGUCUCAGGCAGCUGCAACUGUGGAGUUGAGUUGUAGCCUAGUGUACGCGUUGAUUUAGGUUUUAUUUUUGAACUGUUAUGUGACUUUUUAGGAACCAUUUAUCCUGCUGAGCUGUUUGACUGCUAUGAGGUAUUAAUGUGACGCGAUCUGUUGAACUCUUUUCACAUUCAUGAAUGUUAAACAAUUUCUAUUAGGGUUUUAUCA